AUGGAUGAGGAAAACUGCACAGCUGUGACAGAAUUCAUUCUCCAGGGGUUUUCCGAUGUCCCGGAGCUGAGUGUUUUUCUCUCCUUGGUGUUUCUUCUCAUUUAUGGAAUCACCGUUGUAGCCAACCUGGGCAUGGCUGCACUGAUUCAGGCCAGCUCUCAACUUCACACCCCCAUGUACUUUUUUCUUACCCACUUGUCCUUUGUGGAUUUCUGUUACUCCUCCAUCAUUGUGCCCAAAAUGUUGUCUAACAUGUUCAACCAGGAAAAAGCCAUAUCCUUCCUGGCAUGCAUGGUCCAAUUCUAUUUUUUUUGCACCUGUGUGGUCACUGAGGUCUUCCUGCUGGCUGUGAUGGCCUAUGACCGCUUUGUGGCCAUUUGUAACCCACUGCUCUACAUAGUCAUCAUGUCUCCAAAGCUCCGUAUGGGGUUGGUGUCUGGCUGCUACCUCUGUGCAUCAGCAUGUGCCCUGAUUCACUUAGGUUUAGCCCUUGAGAUCCCAUCAUAUAAGACUAAUGUGAUCAACCACUUCUUCUGUGAUCUGCCUCCUCUUUUAAGCCUUGCUUGCUCAGAUGUCACUGUUAACAAAGUGCUGUUGUUCGCUGUGGCCACCUUCAAUGAGAGUGUUACCAUUGUGAUCAUCUUCACCUCCUACCUGUUUAUUCUCAUCACCAUCUUGAGGAUGCGCUCUGCAGAGGGAAGGCGCAAAGCCUUUUCCACUUGCGUCUCCCAUAUCACAGCCAUCGUUGUCUUCCAUGGAACAAUCCUUUCCAUUUAUUGUCCGUCCACUUCGGACACCAGUGGGGAGUCUGACAAAGUGGCCACAGUGUUCUACACUGUAGUGAUUCCCAUGCUGAACCCCUUGAUCUAUAGCCUCAGGAACAAGGAUGUGAAAGGUGCUCUCAGCAAAAUUGUGAGCUCUAAAAUACAUUCCUAG